AGAGAGAGAGAGAGAGAGAGAGAGGCGGAGUUGGAGGUUCUCUGUCAUCUUUGCUUUUCGUGGAGAGAGACCUUUCUGAAACCUCACUGGUUUGUUUGCUUUUCGUGGGUGAAGAAACGGGGAUAGAGAGAGAAUGUGAAAUCCCAUUGAUUCACUUUCUCGUGAUGUAGAGAGAAAGAGAGAGAGAGAAGAGAAGCCCUGAUUCUCUCUCUAGGACCUCGCGUACUUCCUUUCCAUGUUGGUGAAAGUGUCCUUUCUUUCUCAUCCCCUUUCCUGCAAUUCGUAGUAAAUCCCCCAAAUAAUCACCCGUGAUCCCUAAACCCCAUGCCCCUUUAGAGCCCUCCCCAUCUCUCUCUCUCUCUCUCUCUCACUGUCUGUUUACCACUUUCGUGCCCUCUACACUCCAGAAAUCGAUGAUUUUCCUGCGAAUCUCUCCAAAUUGCGGCCGAUGAGGUCGCCGGAGUUUAUGAGAAACGGGGAGGGGACCAUGAGCCCUAACCCUAGAAACAGAGGCUUCCCUACUAACUUUCAGUCGACGGUUUCCGUUCAAAAAUUAAGGAGGUUUAAUUCGCUGAUUCUGAUAUUCCGUUUAGUGACGUUUUGCUUCUCUCUCGCUUCAACCGUUUUCAUGGCGAUGAACAGUCACAUCCCCAACGGAGACGCUGCCGGAGAAUGGGUUAGCUGGACGAAUUAUGACGCUUUCAGGUAUGUGGUGGCCGGAAAUGCGAUAAUUUGCCUAUAUUCAUUGGUUCAAAUGGGGGCCACCAUUUGGGAGAUCCUUAAAGGAACCACCAUACUACCGGAGACCAUUCAAGUCUGGUUCGACUUCAGUCAUGAUCAGGCAUUUGCAUACCUACUCUUCUGUGCAAAUUCUGCUGGUACUGUCAUGGCACAAGCUCUUAGAUCAGGAAGUGCAUGGGUUGGCCAAGAACACUCGUGCAAUGAAGUUAACGCCUUUUGUAUACAAUCUGCUGUCUCCAUAUCUCUUGGUUUUGGAGGAGCCGUCUUCUUGGCUGCAUCUACACUCUUGUCUGGCUUCAAAGUUGCUUGUUGGAUCAUCAAUGGCUCGCGCUUUCAUCUCUAAUUAUACAAUGUGAUUGUUGCUGUAGAAAUAAGUCGGCUUUUUAUUCCUAUUCUUUGAUCAUUUGUUGGUUUGGAUGGCUAAGAUUGACAUGACAUUCUAAUAGUUGUUUGCAUGUUUCCCACUUGGGUUUUAUAAAUUUUGUAUAAAUGAAUGGGUCUUGAUUUUACUAUUUGGUGCGGUUGGA